AUGCUCUGGAACUCCCUCACCCAUCUCCUCUGCGCCAUCUCUGAACACGUCGGGAUCAGCGAAGAGCGCUUCGACGAUGUGCUAGAUAUAUUGGAUCCCGUCCUAAGCGACCAGACGGUCAAAGAAGCUCUUGAGAAGAGGAACGCGGAUGCGGUGUGGUUGCGGCUAUACAAGAAGAGUAGAAGAGCGGCAGAGGAGAGUGAAAAGUGGGAGUUUGCUGCGGAGCUCGGCGGUCCCAUCAAAGAAAUUGAAGGCGUGAAGGAGGAGUGGGGUUUUGUGAGAUUGUAG